AUGCAGUUCCCCAUGGGACCAGCUUGCAUCUUCCUGAGGAAAGGAAUUGCAGAGAAGCAGAGGGAUCGUCCACUAGGACCAGAUGAGAUUGAAGAGCUUCGGGAAGCCUUCCAUGAGUUUGACAAGGAUCGAGAUGGUUUCAUCUCCUGCAAGGACCUGGGGAACCUGAUGAGGACCAUGGGCUACAUGCCCACUGAGAUGGAGCUGGCAGAGCUGGGACAGCAGAUCCGAAUGAACCUUGGUGGCAGGGUGGACUUUGAGGACUUUGUAGAGCUAAUGACACCCAAACUGCUGGCAGAGACAGCUGGGAUGAUCGGAGUGCAUGAGAUGCGUGACGCCUUCAAGGAGUUUGAUGCCAACGGAGAUGGCUCAAUCACCCUGGUGGAACUUCGCCAGGCUAUGCAAAGGCUGCUGGGGGAGCAGCUCAGCGCCCAAGAGAUUUCUGAGGUCGUGCAGGAGGCUGAUGUCAAUGGAGAUGGUACAGUGGAUUUUGAAGAGUUUGUAAAGAUGAUGUCCCGCUGA